GUAGGUACAGUUUUAGAACAUCUCGGUUGAUCAGCAGCCAAUUUUAUCCCUAUAAUAAUUUAUGAAAACCUUUAAUCGAAUAGAAGCUAAACUCUCCCUUCUCUCUUUCUUUUCCUCCUUCAAAUACUACAAUUACUGACUUUUCCACCCUGCAAACCCGCAGUAUUCAUUACAUCGCCUAAAAACAGAGGGAUUUAACUGCAUUAUAUGAGCCAUGGUGAAAGCUCAUGAUGGAUUUGUUUCACUUCCCAUUUAUCUCCUCAUCUUGUUGGUAUUAUCAUGUUUUAUGAUUCCAAAUGCGGCAGCGCUACCAUCAAAUCCCGAGAAUCAGGUCCGGUACCCACGUCCAAGUAUUAGUCCAACAAUGGCCAUUAUCAUAGUGGUUCUCAUAGCUGCCUUGUUUUUCGUUGCACUUUUCUCGAUUUACAUUCGCUACCGCAUCUCCACUAAUGGUAACAGCAUCCUCCAAACACUUUCCACGCGCCGCCGCCCUUCUGCUGCAACACGUGGACUCGACAAUUCAGUCAUCGAGACUUUCCCCACCUUUGCAUACGCCGAAGUGAAGGAUCAUCAUAUUGGCAAGGAUGGUUUGGAGUGCGCAGUAUGCUUGAACGAGUUUGAAGACGACGAAAAGCUGCGGUUGAUCCCAAAGUGUGAUCACGUGUUCCACCCUGAAUGCAUCGGUGCUUGGCUCAAGUCUCACGUCACUUGCCCCGUUUGUCGAGCUGACCUUACUACUCCUCAACCUGAUGAACCGCCAGUUAAAGCCCAUGAGGUACUAAACCGUGAUCAAGAAGGGACAGAGAAUCUGCAGCAAAAUAAGGAAAUUUCAAUACAAAUAGGGAGUGAUGAAAAUUUAAAACAGCAAGAGGAUCCCUCUAGUGUUAAGCGAUUGAGUUUCGACGUGCCGAACCAGCCACCAAGAUCGUUUUCUAUAAAGAGACCAAAGAUGUUGAACAAGUUUAGGUCACACUCGACUGGCCAUUCAUUGGUGGUACCGGGGGAGAAUUUGGACAGGUACACUCUCAGAUUAUCAGACAAUGUUAGAAAAGAGGUAAUGAACCGGGCACUACUAAACCGGACAAAGAGUUGUGCAGUCACUUUACCAAGACAUGGUAGCACUAAAAUAGAGUACAGAAAAGGUGUCGGGAAGGAAAGCAAUAACGAAGUCUCAAUACAAAUAGAGACCGAUGAAAAUUUGAUGGUACAACAAGAGAAGACCUGUAAUGUUACGCCAAAUUUGAGUAUCAACGUGCCGAAGCGGCCGCCAAGGUCGCUUUCUAUAAAGAGACCAAGGACAUUGAGCAGGUUUAGAUCAUUCUCGACUGGCCACUCAUUGGUGAUAGCGGGGGAGAAUUUGGACCAGCAUACUCUUAGAUUACCGGAGAAUGUUAGGAAAGAGGUAAUGAACCGGGCAUUGCUGAACCGGACAAAGAGUUGCGCUGUCACUUUAUCAAGAUUUGGUAGCACUAGAAGAGGGUACAGAACCGGAAAUGGAGAAGGAAGAAAGAUUGUACCACCAUUCUUUACUAGAGGUCCAUCGUUGAAGUCACCAAAAAUAAUGGCUGAUAUCGAAGAGGGGUCCAAUUCACGCAGUGUAAAAAUGGCAAUCAAAAUGCCGUCGUUCCAAUGCUUGGAGCCAAAAGGUGAUGAAGCCAGUUUGCUGACAAAUGAGUUGGCUUGAACUCUAGUUUAAAAAACUCAAGCCUGUUUGGUGAUGGCUGACUCGGCAUAUCUUCCGAUUUAUCCUGGAUCCUUAAUUUGGUGCCAGUGCCAGUUUAAUGAGUGUUUAAUAGCGGAAAAGAAAACUUUUUGUGCGCCGGCCGGCAAGUGAGAAAGCAUGAUCCAUACUAGUUUUGUUGCAAAGUACAAUGCCAAAAGUUGAAAUUCAAGAUUGUCGAUUUCUAGAAAUUCUUUAAAAUGUUGAUAUUGUUUACGAACAAAUAAUUUUCAACUUUUUGGUUUUUGCGGGGUUAGAGGACUUUCAAGUGUGUUUAUCUAGUUGGUUUGAGACACCUUCAAUGAUGUAAUUAUGUUUUUGGUUCUCGGUUUCAUUCUUCAACGCAAUUUUAAUACAAGAAAAUAGAAAAGCUGAAAGAAAAUAUACUUGAUACUA